AUGAGACACGGCCUCCGAGCGCACACAUGGCUUCACACCCUCACCGCCCCCCCCGUCGUUCCCCAGAGAGCACUCCCCGCCGCCACCCCCCGCGCCGCCGCUGCCGCGGCCGCGGGCUUCGAAGACGCCGACGCGCAGAUGGUGAAGACGGGGUUCGACCCCCGGACGUGCAGUGCGAACCACGCCCUCGAGGGCCUCCUCCGGGCGGGGGACCUUCCGGGGGCGCGGAGACUGUUCGACGAAAUGCUCCACAGGAACACCUUCACACUGAACUUGAUGAUCUCUGGGUACGCCAAGUCGGGCGGCCUUCGGGAAGCUCGGAGCCUGUUCGAGGAGACCUCCCAGCGGAACAAGAUCACCUGGACCGUGAUGAUGGGUGCGUACGCCAAGUCUGGCCUUGCCGGCGAGGCCUUCGUGGUCUUCGUGGAGAUGAUGAGAUCGGGGACGAAGCCGGACCACGUGGCGGUCGUCACUCUCCUCAGCGCGUGCGACGGCGCGGGGGCGUCGAGCUCGGUGGCCCAGGUUCACGCCCAGGUGGGCAGACUCGGCCACGGCUCGAAGCUCAUCGUCUGCAACACCUUGGUGGACGCCUACUGCAAGUGCGGACUCCUCGAGGACGCCUCCCGGCUCUUCGGCGAGGUCAUCUGUAAGGACUCCGUGACCUUCAACGCCAUGCUGAUGGGUUACUCCAGGGAAGGACGCCACACCCGGGCUCUGGAGCUCCUCCUGGAGAUGCGCCGCUCGGGCCUGAAGGCCUCCCAGUUCACCUUCUCCGGUUCCCUGUCGGCGGCCACCGGACUGGGGGAUCUGGGCCUCGGGAGGCAGAUCCACGGCGCCGUAAUCAAGAGCAACUUCUGCUGGAACGUGUUCGUGGGCAAUGCCCUGCUGGAUUUCUACUCCAAGGUGGACUGCUUCGCCGAGAUGGUGCAACUGUUCCUCGGCAUGCCAGAGAUGGACAACGUCUCCUACAACGUGCUGAUAUCGGGGUUUGCUUCGGCUGGACGGAACGAGGACUCCCUGGAGCUCUUCCGAGAGUUGCAGUCGACGGGCUUUGACAGGAAGCAGUUCCCCUUCGCCUCCGUUCUGAGCGUUGCGACCGCCGAGCGGAGCCUCUCCAUGGGCAGGCAACUCCACGCGCAGGCCAUCGUCGCGGGCGCCGCGUCGGACGUCCUCGUGGGCAACUCCCUCGUCGACAUGUACGCUAAGUGCGGGGAUUUGGCCACGGCCGGCGUCAUCUUCGAAAGCAGGACCGACCGGAACACUGUCUCCUGGACGGCGAUGAUCUCCGGGUACAUCGAGAAUGGGCUAUUCGAGGAGGCUCUGGGGCUGUUCAGCGCCAUGAGGAGGAGCGGCCAGUGCCCCGACCGGGCCACCUUCUCCAGCGUCCUGAGGGCCGCGGCGAGCUUGGCCCUAGCCGGGCUCGGGAGGCAGCUCCAUUCCUACCUGGUGAGGUUCGGCUACACCUCCAACGUCUACGUCGGGAGCGCGCUGGUCGACAUGUACGCCAAGUGUGGCUGCCUACGCGACACGGAGCAGGCGUUCGGCGAAAUGCCGAGCCGCAACAUCGUUUCAUGGAACGCCAUGAUGUCGGCGUACGCCCACAGCGGCUGCGGCGGGGACGCCGUCGCCCUGCUCGACCGCAUGCGCCGCUGCGGCGUGGAGCCUGACUCGGUCACCUUCCUCUGCGCCCUCUCCGCCUGCAGCCACGGCGGGCUCGUCGACGAGGGGCUCCGCCUCUUCCGUUCCAUGAGGGCCUCUCAUUUCCUCCCCUCCCCCCGCAGGGAGCACUACUGCUGCGUCAUCGACCUCCUCGGUCGCGUGGGGCGGCUGGACGAGGCGGAGAAGCUGGCCACCGAGGCGCCCUUCGACGAGCCGGACCCCAUAAUCUGGUCCUCGAUCCUGAAUUCCUGCCGCAUCCACCGGAACCAGGACCUGGCGAGGCGGGCGGCGGAGAGGCUCUUCGGCAUGGAGCUGCGUGAUGCGGCGCCCUACGUCAUCAUGUCGAACAUCUACGCGGCGGCAGGGCGGUGGGAGGAGGUGGGGGAGAUGAAAAGGUUCAUGAGGGCGAGGGGGGUGAGGAAGGAGCCGGCAUUCAGCUGGGUCGAGGUGGGGCGCGCCGUGCACCGGUUCAUGUCCGACGACGACGCCCACCCGCAGAUUGGGGAGGUGAGGAGGGCGCUGGACGAGCUCAGCGGGGAAAUGGAGAGGCGCGGCUACAGGGCGGACACCAGCUGGGCGCUGCACAACGUGGAGGAGGGGAUGAAAGCGGAGUCGCUGAGGUACCACAGCGAGAGGCUGGCCAUCGCCUUCGCCCUCAUGAGCACACCGGAGGGGGCGCCAGUCCGGGUGAUGAAGAACCUGCGCGCCUGCGCCGACUGCCACGCCGCCAUCAAGGUGAUCUCCCUGAUUGUUGGGAGGGAGAUCACGGUGAGGGACUCAAGCAGAUUCCACCAUUUCAGAGAUGGGUUUUGCUCCUGCGCCGAUUAUUGGUAA